UAGCGUCUCAACCAAAACACGCUUAGGGUCUCCCUUGAGAUAGAAAUACUUGAUAUUUUGCAAUUCCACUGGAACAACCGCUGCGAUCCCAUCGGAAACUCAUCAUGUGCGACGAGAAUAAGCCCGACAGCACCAGCUGUGAAGAAGAUUCAAAACCCGAGAAGAUGGAAGUGGACGAAACGGCCGACUCCAUCGAACAGUCGAAUUCAUCAAAGAGCGAAAGCAAAGGAUCUCCGUCCGUGAAGGACGAAAUGGACGUGAAGAGCCCGAGUAGUCCUGAAUUGAAAGCUGAGCCAGAAGACGAAGCGGAGGAACCUGACGGGAAUACCGAGAACACGACACCCGGGCAAAAACGCAGAGGUCGUCCCCCGAAACCAGGGAACGAGCGCAAGCGACGACCAAGAGCCAAAGAUGUCAAUGCUCCAAAAGCCCCAAUCAACGGUUACGUUCGAUUUCUCAACGAGAACCGGGAGCGGUGCAGGAAAGUCAAUCCCGAAGUGGCUUUUGCCAACAUCACGAAACUUCUCGCCCAGGAAUGGAGUCAGCUCAAGCAGGAGGAUAAACAGAAAUAUCUCGAUGCCGCUGAGAAAGACCGAGAGCGUUACAUGAAGGAGGUGGAAGAGUAUCAGCAGACCGACUGUUAUAAGCAGUUCCGUAAACACAUCGAGGAGGAAGAAGCUGCAAAACAAAAAGCUAUCCAGGAAGCUAAAGAAUCGGAGAAGAAGAAAUCCAAGGCUUCAGAGAAGCAGUUGAAGAUGAGCGCGAAUAACACAUUGAGAACAACGAAUAAUAAGAUGGAUGAAGUUCCUCCGAGCGUCACACCCCCUCAAGUCGUGCAUCAAUCCAACAUCAGGCAUAACCCAGACGAUACUUUCGACAUCCCAAUCUUCACCGAAGAAUUCUUGGAUCACAAUAAAACACGUGAGGCUGAGAUGCGUCAUCUACGGAAGCAUAACACCGAUCUAGAAGAGCACAACUCGGUGCUCGUGAAACACAUCGAUUCCUUCAAAGACGCCAUCGGCAAACUGGAAUCCGAGGCCGAGCAACACCGCAACUCGAACAAACAGCUGGAAAUGUAUCUCGCGAAACUGCGUACGCGACUCGUCGAUACUUUCCAGGAGAUCAGUAUCCCCGGCUGGCAGAUGAAGCUCUCGGUUGAGAACGUGGACCACUUCAUGGAGCACAUAUUCCAGUUCGUCCAAUCGUGCCCGAAGGACAACGACAAAACCGUUCAGACCAUCCGAAACGUGGUCAACCGACUCGACUGCACCGACCUCUGAGCUCCGAUGACUGUCAGCUGCUCAAAGUCAAUCUUCAAGGCAUUUCAUCGAGUACAUUAAAAGCGGCCCGUCUCGACUUGCCGGUAUUCUGGGACAUCUGGUGUAGCGAGGACAUUCGACAACAAUCUGGAUAACGAUCAGAUUGGAGGUAGCCGAAGUGCAUAUAAGUGUAGAAACGAUCGUUCAGGGCUCCAGGAGACCUUUCUAGGUAGUGAGGCAGUCAGCCAGAAUGAGAGAGCUAGGUCCAGAUUCCGAAGUUCCUUCGG